AUGGGCUUUUGGAAGGGUUUAAGCCUCCAUUGCCUCAACCGAAUUCUGAAUGUCAAAAAGCAGAGUGUCUGUCUGAUAAAUUUGAGGACAACUGGAACUUUGGGGGACCCUGGUUCUCUAGAUGAGACCACCUAUGAAAGACUGGCAGAGAAGACACUGGACUCCUUAGCAGAGUUUUUCGAAGACCUUGCAGAUAAGCCUUACACAUUUGAAGACUACGAUGUCUCCUUUGGGAGUGGGGUUUUAACAGUUAAACUAGGUGGAGAUUUAGGAACCUAUGUGAUCAACAAGCAGACCCCAAACAAGCAGAUCUGGUUGUCUUCUCCAUCCAGUGGGCCCAAGCGGUAUGACUGGACCGGGAGAAACUGGGUAUACUCCCAUGACGGAGUGUCCCUCCAUGAGCUGCUGGCGAAGGAGCUGACUGACGUCUUGAAGACAAAAUUGGACUUAUCUUCCUUGGCCUAUUCUGGGAAAGGCACUUGAUGCACAGACCAUCCUAAGGACAUUAACAGCUCCCUAGCAAAAAACCCUGGCUUCCUUCUUCAGCUGAGCAUCUGGUUUUUCCCAGCCCUGCUUUUGAGGACACUUGUAUCACAUGUGACAGCUCUGUGAAAAGACUGUGUCACCUCCCACCCUAGCCCUGAUUCAGAUUUGUUAUUUCCAUAGAUUUGUUUGGAUUUAUUGUCUGCUUUGCUACCUCACAGGAUAUCCCUAUCUUUGAUGAUGUUCAUACACUCAAAGCCUUUAUUUAUUACCUUACAACAAAGAAAAAUAAUAAGAAGGAAAAUUUCUGGGAGAAAUCAACUGGUCUCAGUAUGCAUUCUUGGAAGGAUAUAACCACAAAAGAUACAUGGCUGACCUCACCAUUCUGCCUCCAAACAGUGUUUAUUAAGAGUAGCCAGUAAACUGUUCCUGUGCCUUGAAACAUGUAAACCUGUGUAGCUCUUCACUAGUGAAGUUUGCCAACGACCUGAGAAUUCUCAAGCCUAAGACCAUGCUCCCUCUACUUAGUGUCUCCAGUUGUAGCUGUACAGGGUAACUCAGAAGUGUGUGUGUGCCUUACACACUGCUAAAUUGUGUGUGUGGGGGGGGGUUGUUUAAGAGUCAGUUGAGAACCAACUACUAUAGCACAGGUCUGAGAAUAAAAAACAUUCCCCAGUGACCGGAGGAGAAAAGCCAUCUCCAUUAGCUCAGAGAUGUAACACAACAACAAAGUAAUGGAGCUGAGAAUGUGCUUUGUAUAAUGGAAAGAGUUCUGUGUUCUUGAAAGGAACGCUGGUCCUACACUUGGCUCAGCCCAAAAGUACUUUUCUGUCUCUGGGCAAGUUUCACAAAUUCCAGAACCUCUCUUUUGCUACAUGUUUUGUUUUGUAUUUUUUAAGAUGCAUUUUUAUUUAUGCAUAUAAGAGCUGGGG